AAUGAGGAGUCAAUAAAUUGAAUAAACAUAAGAAGAGUAUCAAGUAAAAUUGAAAACUUAACUACAUUCAUUUAGUUUGGUUUGUCAAGCAAUGCUUGGUUGAUGGGCUUAUAGACAUUGUGUAUAAGAGUUUUGAGGCAAGGAAAAAAUGGCGCCCAACGCAACAACUUCAAAACUAACAAUCAAAUCCACACUCCCACCAAAAUGUCCACAUGAAGUUGAGAAAAUAGAUUCUAAAUCUUCCGAAAUCACUAAAGUCUUAUUUGAAACUGAUGUCGAUCCAUUUGAAGACGAAAAAUUAGCUGCCGCUAUUGCACCGGCUUCAAUACCUGAAAAACGUAAAAUUGAGCUCGUUUGGAGGAAUGUUAUAGCAUUUGGAAUUCUUCAUGUAUCAGCUUUAUAUGGCGCAUGGUUACUAGUAACCUCGGCAAAAUGGGCAACAAUCAGUUGGGUUGUACUUUUGUACAUGUUUUCUGGAUUCGGGGUUGCUGCUGGUGCUCACCGGCUGUGGGCCCAUCGUUCGUACAAAGCAAAGUGGCAAUUAAGGGUGUUUUUAGUCUUUUGCAAUACUCUUGCUUUUGAAGACGCAGCCUUUGAUUGGGCUCGUGACCACCGAGUACACCAUAAAUACUCCGAGACCGAUGCUGACCCACAUAAUGCUAAACGAGGAUUUUUCUUUUCCCACAUGGGUUGGUUGUUGUGUAAGAAACAUCCCGAUGUCAAGGAGAAAGGCAAAAAUGUCGACAUGUCGGAUUUGAAAAGGGAUCCCAUUCUUAUGUUUCAAAAGAAGUACUACCUUACUUUGAUGCCGCUUACAUGCUUCAUUCUACCAACUAUCAUUCCGAUGGUGGUAUGGAAUGAGAGCUUUCUUAACGCAUGGUUUGUUGGAACAAUGUUUCGCUGGUGUGUUUUCUUACAUGCAACAUGGUUCGUCAAUAGUGCAGCACACAUUUUUGGCAACAAACCUUAUGAAAAAGCAAUAAAUCCCACGGAAAAUCUUGGAGUCUCAAUUGUGACAUUCGGAGAAGGAUGGCAUAACUAUCAUCAUGUAUUUCCAUGGGACUAUAGAGCUUCGGAAUAUCCUGGUUCAGGACUUAAUCUUACAACUUAUCUCUUAGACCGCUUUGCUGAAAUUGGUUGGGCUUACGAUAUGAAAACUGUGUCUCCAGAAAUUAUUGAGAAGCGGACAAAAAGAACAGGAGAUGGCAGUCAUACAACCUGGGGUUGGGGAGACAAGGACAUAACAGAGAAGGAAAAGGAAGCCGUUUUGAUCACCAAACGAAAAGAAUAAAGAGAAGCAUUUUUUUAUCUUAUACUU